AUGGCGGGGUCACUCCAUGGUGAUGUGGCAUCGGCCAUUGGCAAGCAGGUUGAGCAGAUGAUCCUUCAGGCCAAGAAGGACUCUGAGCAACGUGUAAGGCAUGAGCUCAAUGUCGCUCGCUCUCAACUACAGCAGAUGGAGACACACAUCACCGAGUUGUCCCAGCGCCUAGAGCGCUGUGGGCGACCGAAUAGCGCAGGCUCCCCAGAUCCUUCUGUGACCGUUGACCGUGCCUUUCUAAGUCAAAAGAUCAAACAGUUAGAGCAGAAAUGGGGUUCAGAGGUGAAAGCUCUGAAGCAGGACCUGCACCGAACGAUCCUAGCUCACAACCACAAUUCGGACCUGAUGCGACACCAUCGCGAUGCCCUUGACGAGGCUCGACGAAAGCUUGAUGCGCAACCCGCACCAAAGGCUGAGCAGGUGGAUUUACAAAUCGAGAAGGUGGAUCGCAUGCUGCGUGCCGGAGCCGCGAAGCAACGUGCCUUGGAUGCCUUGACGGAGCGGCUCUUGCAGCUCGAGCAGCAGGCCAAUUCACUCUUUCCGACUGUGGCUGUGCCACCGGUGGGGCCACCUGGCUUAAGUGCACUGGGCUUGGGAGCUGCACCGAAGAAAGGUAAGGAAGACCGAGGGGACCUGCCCAGCCAAGAAGAAGUGCGUGCAAUGCUUGAAAAGGCUGCUCGUGGUGAGGGUGCUAGUAGUUUCAAUGCAGAGGCUCCUGUGUUCAUUCCGCGCUCCGCCGUGGAUCUGGACUCACCAGGCAAUGCGGCUGCGGAGGACGCGGAGGCCGAGGCGCCUGAGGAGGAAUCUGCUGAAGUGCAAGAGGAACCAGAGGUCUCAGGGCCAGAGCAACUGGUAGAAGCUGAGGCGGCUGAGGUGGAGGAAGUGACAGAUGAACCAGUGAAGUCGGCAGAUGCAAAGGUGACAGAGCAACUCCUGUGGCGCUUCAAAGGUCUGGGCCCUUUGUGGGAGGGCAGCUCCAGGGUGGCAAUCGUCAUGGUGAGCGCGGCUUUCAGCAACAAGACCCGCAUCAACCGUCAGCGAGAAGUUCAAGCCUUGCUGCGUGAGGUUCUUUACCCUGACGAGCUGGAAGAUGGCUGGCAGAUGUUCUUCACAGAAGAAGGUUGGGAUGACGGUGAUCAUGAAAUCCUUGAGCUCAUGGAUCAAUUCUGGCAACAAGGUUUGCACCUGGUCGAGGAUGAAGGUGCGCAAGAGGCAAUUGCUGCCUCAUUGCUACAAGAUGUGCGUCGACUCUGCCGUCUUUGCGUGGUGAGCGACGGGACUGAGACUCGCCUUUGGUCGAUGGUCUUGGCAUCAAUGACUGGACCUCAAAGGGAUCCAGAUCACAGGCUGCCUUCGUUGCUUCAACGCAUGGUGAUCCAAAGCUCUGCCGACGAUAUGCCUUUGCAAGAGGACCUGGAGGCCGCUUGCGUGCGGCUGCUGGAGAAGUUCCGCACCUUCGUCCGUGGCGUCAAACAGCUGAAAAGCAUUCCAAGCUAUGGCUUGCCGUUCGACAUGGCUUUGGCAGCUGCACAUGGGUGUGGCUUGCUGGUGGGCUUGGAAUUGAAGGAUCCCUCACUCUUGUCGCUGCUUGGAGAACUGGCUCAGAUGCCUCCCUUCCAAGCAGAGGCAUCCGGAGCAUCUGGAGCGAGAACAGACCUGGAGGCAUUCAUGUUCUUGGCGAAGGUAGUGUCAGACAGAGCCUUGAAGGUGCGCAGCGGUGCAGGAUGUGCGCCAGGCCGUUUGCAGAUGCAGGGGGUAGAUGUCUCUUUGGGAGACGCUGUGGAAUUUGCCACCGGAGCGGACAUGACAGAUGCCCAAGUGCUUCUGUUGGAGAAGGAUCAGGCCUUGGUGCGUGACAGAAUGAAUGGAUGCAUCCGAGUGGUCAAAUGUCAAGAUCUUUUUCCUCCAGGAUCACGAGAGGCGCUGGCACACCAUCGUGCUGCACUCGGAGUUGGGCCGGAUGCUGGACCAAAAGAGGCGACGAAGGCCUAUAGGCGACUUGCCAAGCAACAUCACCCUGACAAGGGUGGAGAUCCUGAGACCUUCCGCCGGUUGAGAAUGGCCUUUGAAGCCCUGACGCUAUCAUCUGCACCUGCAGAAAACACACCUCCAAGGUCCAAACCUGCACCGCAGGGCUCAGGCCGGAAAAGCUCUUCGCCAAUGACACCUGAAGCUCCCAGGCGCACACGAUUGCGACAGAAGACUCCGCCUGCAGAGUGUUUCAAGGGCAGCCCCAUUGCAGAGGAGGGGCCUGCGCCCAAGCGUCAAUGCAGAAGAGAGCAGAGGAAGCAAGCCCCGCUCAAAACUGCAGACAAGGUGGCUCCUCAUCAACUCACAGUGAAUGGCAUCCUGCAAGUAAUUUGGCUCUUUGCAGUUGGUCCAGGCCCUGCAUGA